AUGGACACCUUCCUAUUUUUGAGGAUACAAAAUUACAAAAUUGAUAUAUUCGAGCACAUAGAGAAUGUAACGCAAGAGUCUUCGACUCACAAAACGAUAAAAUCACAACAGAACUACGAAGAUGUAACCUGGAUACCUUGUAACAUAAACCCUCUGUGCCACCCGACCGUGAAAGCCUUGAUGGUCGAUCACAUAAAUCAUUAUAUAUACGGCCCACUAUGCGCUAUCGUCGAUAUGGGUUUGGGUAUUUCAGAGAGAAUGUUAUUUUUAACACCCAAUAUGAUAUCUUUCUUUCACGUAUUUAUCGCCUUUGUUGGGGCCAAAUUGCUAACCUGUCAGAGUCUAGCGGCAAGGCGAGUCGCGAUAGUCCUUUUUCAAAUAAGAAUGUUCCUAGACGAUCUGGAUGGCCAUGUAGCGAGAGAAAGGAAACAUAUCAAGGGCGAGAGAUCUGAAGUCGGCUCAUUAGGAUACUGGGUGGAUGGCAUCUGUGAUUUAAUAGGCGUUACAGCUAUGAUGAUAGGCAUCCUGUUUUAUUUAAAAAAUAACCCACCCAGGCGAGGUUACAAGGACACACCAGUGAGUACGUUACCAUAUCAUCAGUUAAAGGAAAUCAACUCUACAGAGGAUAUAGAGAAAGGUAAUACGUCGGAAAUAGGCAUUUCCUAUAAAACAAAAGUGACGUUUCAAAGGAUGGUCCAAGUGCUUGGUUUGUUUUCUGGUCAAAUGGUGCUAUCUUCAUUAGCGUGGAAUAGAUAUAUAGAUUUAUAUCAAGAGUUAUUAGAGAAUCGUACAGAUUAUGAUGUGACGCGGCGAGAGGCUGUUUUUACCUCCGGGACGUUUUUUUUCGCAACAGGAUUAUGGAGGAUAGUCAAUCCUCAUAGUUAUUUGCAUCUAUUAUCUUUGACGGUAUUCUGUGUUAAGACAUGGGGUUUUUUGAAAACGGUUCGUUAUAGUGGUUAUGUGUGUUUGAUAAUAACUGUAGCGGUAUCUGAAUAUUUGCUCGUAGUGAACGGUUUGGAUGGU